AUGAGUAAUACUAGUACAUCCUCUUUAGAGGCUCAAAUAGUCUCAAUUGAGCAGAAAGACAAUGCUGGUUCGAAAAAUGCUGCUGGAUUACUGAAGGACGAAUAUAAAGUUGUCAGCUCAAGAGAUGCGGAUGUUACUUUGAACUUUUUGGAAGAGCACGACUCGGAAGUACCUCUUAUUACACCUGACGAGGACCGUAAGCUACGGCGUAAGGUCGCUGCCAUUGUUGUAGGCCUUACUUUUUUAGUCAAUUUGACUUUGUACUCUGAUAAGGCUACUUUGUCGUAUGCUUCGAUCUUUGGUCUGUGGGAAGAUACUGGCUUGACGCAAGAAACUUAUAAUGAUGCUAAUACCCUGUUUUAUGUUGGUUACUUGAUCGGUCAGGCUAAUAUGUUUUUGUGCAAAAAUUACCCUAUUGGUAGAGUGGUCACGGUUAUGUGUGCCCUUUGGACUAUCAUUAUCUUCCUACACUGUGUCGCCUAUAAUCACCAAGGUAUCAUCGCACUGAGAUUUUUCUUAGGGUUUGUUGAGUCUGUUGCUGUGCCCACUUUGAAUAUAACAAUGAAUCAGUUCUUGACACCUGAUGAAAAGAACUCCUAUGGUCCAAUUUGGUACGUCUCCUCAAUCGGUGUGUCUAUCCCUGUUGGUUUCAUUGCCUACGGUAUUCUACAUGCCAAAUCAUCUGUGCCUAUUUGGAAAUUGUUCAUGAUCAUCAUUGGCGGUUGUACCUUUCUGUUAACCAUCAUCAUCUUUUUCUUCUAUCCAAACAAUCCAACUGAUGCGAAGUUUUUGAGUACCAAAGAAAAAGUUUGGGUCAUUAGAAGAGUCCAAGAAAGCAGUCAAGCUUCCAUUGAACAAAAAGUUGUCAAGAAGUAUCAAAUUGUCGAAGCUUUCAAGGAUCCAAUUACCUGGUUUUUCUCCAUCUUUUUCUUGUUCCAACAAUUGGCCAAUAACUUGGCUUACCAACAGAACUUGUUAUUUCAAGGUAUUGGUAACAUCACUAAUUUGUCUUCUACGUUGGUGUCAGUGGCAGCUGGUGGGUUUGCAUCUAUCUGUGCCGUCAUAGCAACUGUAUUCCUAUUGUACAAAAGAAACUACACUGCUUUCUCGGUUGUAUUCUGGACCAUACCAUCUUUUGCAGGUUCAAUUGCAUUGGUAUCUAUCGAUUGGGAUAAGAAGAUUGCGUUGUUGGCUAUGUUAUGUCUGGCUUGUCCCUUGUUUGGUAUCCCAUGGAUUCUCAUGUUCAGUUGGAACACAACUAGUUGUGCUGGUUACACAAAGAGGCUAACGAGAAACGCUAUUAUUAUGUUCUGGUAUGCUAUUGCUAACAUUAUUUCUCCUCAAAUAUGGAGAAGCAAGGACAAACCACGUUUUAUUCCCGCUUGGAUCGUUCAAAUCGUUCUCUCUUUCUUUCUCGCUCCAUUGACUGCUUUGGUGAUCUGGUAUAUUUUGAAAAAGAGAAAUAAUGAAAGAUUAGCCGAACGUCAUAAGAGUCAUGUUGCCGUGGAACUUGAAGGUAAAGUCGUCGAAACAAAUGUGGCAAUGCUAGAUCUCACAGACCUUGAAAAUGAGACUUUCAUCUAUCCAUUGUAA